AUGGAAUACAAGUCUGCCUUUGAGCUGCGGCAGCAGGCUCUGGAUCUCCCAAGUCCCUUGUCCUCGAAGUCGAGGGCGGGGAAAAAGGGCUCGACGUCAGCCUCCUCGAGUUCAACGCUGCCCACUGACGCGGGCAACAAUGCGGCGGCGAUGGACGCCGACCCCGAGGACCCCACGGCACUUGUCCGUGAGCUGCCGGCGCUGGACAAGCUCAACGCUCUCAGUGCGUCCAUGAAAAAUGAGGAGGAGGUGCAGAACUACGUGGAGGCGAAGAAUCUUUCUCUGGAGGAUACCGCAAAGUACAUCAUGGCACACGGAAGUACCGGUCAGAAGAUGUCGCUGUUCCAGCGUCUGAAGGAAACACUCGUUGGUGUAGACAUGUCCAGCAUCUCACAGGUAUUAAUGAUUGUGGUGGACUGUAUGUGGGUACAGGAGCCAGAAUUGCAGUGUUUUGCACCAGGCGCCUUGCUGGAAGUGCUGCCCCUGCUGAACAAUAGUGUGGCACGGGAGCUGUUUAUUGUGACAAGUACAAUGCUAAGCGUCAAAACGGCUGAGGUUCGGAUAGCGUGGAAUAAGCUGUUUCCUGCCUUCAUCGAUUACCUGAACAUUAAACAGCUGGACAACGACGUGGUACCGCUCGCGCUGAAAAAGACGGAGUAUGCGCAGCCGCAGGACCAGCGGGAGCUUAGCUGUCUACUAAUCGGUGGCGUCUGCCGCCACCUGCCUCGCGACGUUGUCGAACGCAAACUGAUGAACAAGGUCCUGGCCCUGUGUCAGGACACUAACGUGGGCGUGCGGCGAAGCAUGUGCCAACAACUAGGCAUCGUGGCACGCGCCCUGGGCGUGGAGGUGGCCAAGGAGAAGGUAGCGCAGGAGCUCUUUGAGCUCCUCAACGACGAGGAUCAGACCGUCUCUCGGGCAGCAUUCUCGUGUUUAGUUGACUUGGUGGAGUUUUUCGGUCCCGCCUACCGCCGCGAGCACCUCUACCCCAUCAUCAAGGGCUUUAUCUCGCAUCCGCCGGAGGAGGUGGUGAGCCUCAUCGUCGGGGAGUUUGGCCGCUUUCUGUGGGAGAUAAAGGCUGACAUUCAAACCAGCGAGGACGUCACUCUGUUUGCCGGGUUUUACCAGAACGCCGCCUUGAAGGGCGAUGAUGCGACUCGGUAUCGCUGCGCCUACAACCUGCCCUCUGUCACGGCGUCGCUGCCCAUUUCUGUCUUUCCUGUUUACCUGGCCCCAUGCUCUGAGGCCCUCGCCACCGACUCGACUGAACCUGUGCGACGCAGCAUCGCCGCCGGUUUGCAUGAAUUAGUUCCACUCCUUGGCGACAAGGCAGCCGUGCAUCUUCGAAAGCCGUUUUUGGAUCUCUUGAAUGAUCCGCAAAAGAGUGUUCUGACUGCCCUCUCAGUUCACUCUGGGAUUUUGCUGGAGUGCUUUGUGCAGCAGCUUAAACCGACGGAGCGCAAGGCGUUUUUUUUCAGUAUGGAAGGUAUACUGCUACAACUUAUUGCACGCGCUGAGCGGGACUGGCGCAUUAUGGACCACGUGCUUCAAAUGCUCUCCUUGUACUACGGGGAGUUUCAGGAGACGGCGUUGUACGAAAAAUUUUUACCCCUCCUCCUAAAAUAUGGGCGAAAUGGGGCCUAUUGCCUCAAGGAUCGGAGUGCUGAGGUAUGUAUUAAGAUUGCGGCGAGCCUGUCGAACGUCAACAACAAGGUUCAGUUUUUUAGUAAGCUGAACAACGAAUACGCCCAUAGCUCUUCAUGUAUUCUACGCAAAGACUAUUUGAGAUUUGUCCGUGCCGCUUGUUCUUUGUUCUCGCGCCGCUUCAUUCGUGAGAGGAUGCUUGAAUGCUGCUUUGAGCUUCAGCAUGAUCAAAUGGACAUGGUGCGCCUAGAGCUUGCGCGGCUACUGCCGUCGUUGCGUAGGGUGCUGGAGGCCUUACCCACCGAAAGUGCGCUGGAGGAGUACCAGGACAUGGUGCGUCGUCUGCAGAUGGAUGAGAGUGCCGAAGUGCGCGCGGUGGCACAGACGGGGUUGGAAGUGAUUGAGGUUCGUGACCGAGAGCUAAAGCGUGACGCUGGCAAAAUCAAGUUCGAGGAGGAAAGUAAGGAGGAUAGGCGACGCGAGCAGGUGGAGGGACAGCUGCUGGAUGUGGCGAAGGAGUACGACAAGGCAGAACGCCGCUCCAAGCUGCGUGACCUGCUGAAGUCGGAGCGCGAGAGGGAGCAGGCGGAGGCGUCGCGCAAGAGUGGCCUGGGCAGGCGCACGAUGAAGAGCUCAACGAUCUAUCCAACGCCCACCCACGCCGGGCGCUCACAGCCCAAGCCGCAGCUGACAAGCCUCGGAGGCGCCGUACCCCAUAAGAGAACGCAGCGCUAG